UCUUGCUGCGACUGCGGACGUGCGGACGCGGACUGCGACUACUGCGAGAGCAUCUAUUCUUUCCUUCUACCAAUUUAAUUACUUAUUGUUAAUUAUUAUAUAACGUUGAUAAAACUUUGAUCAGAGGUUGCUCUCUUUCUCAAAGUUGAUCCAGAAAAAGAGGAAAUCCGCAGAAAUGUCACGAAGGGAGAUUAUGAUGUUACUGAAUGGUGGUAUUCAGGAAGAAAAUCUACCCGAAUAUGAGUGCGGCUAUGCUCCUGUUACCAACCACCGGCAUGCUAAAUGUCGUGAAUGUGGAAAAGAAAUUAAUGGGGGUGAAGUCCGUAUUGCCAAGCUGGACUAUUCAAGGCAUUACACCUUGAAACUGUGGCACCACAUCAACUGUUUUGCAGAGAACCGAGAAGAGCUCGGAUUUUUGGAGUCUGCCAUUGAAAUCCCAGGAUUUUGGAGCCUUGAAAGAGAAGGUAGAGAAGAGUUGAUGUCUGCUCUUCCACCUAUGGAUUCUGACGAAAGUGAAGGCUCUGAAAAUGAGGAUGAAGAAGAUGAACAAUCUGAAGAGGAAGAAGAAGUGAUCAAUCUAGCUUCUGAUGAUGAUGAUAGUGAGGAGGAAAAGGAGGAACCUCCAAGCAAGAAAGUGAAAACUUCUGUCAAGCCAGGUGAAGGAAAGAAAAAGGUGGGAAAAUAAAUGCUGCACCUUUUUGGUGAAGAGCUCAUAAUUGUCUUUUAAAAGAUAAUCAUACAUGCAUUUGACCUUUCACAACUUGCUCUAUUUUAAUCUGCUUUUUUAGUAACUUGAGAUUUUCAAAUUUGAUGUCAAUUUUGUUUGAGCUAUUCAAUAAUAUUUUUUGUAUUCAGAUAAUUCUUUUUACCUCCGAAUAAAUUACUCUGUCUUGAUUUAAUUUCAUGUAUUGCU